AGUGGCUCACCAUGGCUCCGCCAAUCUGUGACAUUUCAUUCGAUGACAACUCGCACGGAGUGUUCUUCGCUGGUCAAACUCUAUCCGGCCAGGUGGAGAUUACCGUGCCAAAGGCGAAGAAAGUGAAGAGUGUCUUUCUGAAAAUUACCGGCCAGAGUAGCGUGCGUUGGGCGGAGAGCAAUAACACGGGGUCCAGUGUGAACUAUACCGGUCGAGAAGAAUAUGUUAGUCAUAUGGAGAAGUAUUUGGAGAGCCCAGAUGGAGAGAAAGUGGAAUUGAAAGAGGGAACGCACAAGUACAAGUUCUCGUACAAACUGCCAACGGAUUGUCCCACAUCGUUUGAAGGCGAUUUUGGAUAUAUACGGUAUACGGUUCGGAUAGUGUUCGAACGGCCGUGGAAGUACGAUCUAACAUAUAAGAUAGCGUUUACGGUGGUAAACCAGCUGGAUUUGAAUAAGAUUUCACCACCUUUGAACGUUGCCACUGUGCGGGAGAACAUGAAGCAAUUUAGCUGUGGGCCGUGUAGAUCGGCCCCUAUGAUUAUGACAGUGUGCAUUCCAAUGACCGGCUAUGUUCCGGGACAAUUGAUCACGGUUACCGUUGAUGCCAUGAACAAGAGUAAGAAAGAUAUAAGCGAGGUCAAGAUAAAGCUCCGACGGCAGGUCAAAUACGUCGGCCAAUCGCCGAGUGAAAGAAGCAAAUGUGUGCAAUGCACUCUAGUCAAGUAUCAAUGCAGUGGCGUAGAUCGCAACAAAUCGGUAGGAUACGCACGGCGUCUUCUGAUUCCACCCGAGCCUCCCUCUCGAGUGACCAGCAUAAUACAGAUCGAAUAUUUCGUCGAAGUCACAGCUAAAGUUCCGGGCAUGUAUGCGAGCCCUCGGAUUAAAAUUCCUAUCAUCAUCGGUACUGUCCCACUGACCAAUCUUGACAAAUCUCAGACACGAUCGUCGGUCGUCGACGGAGUAGUGGCGACGGGUUCCGGGUCAGCCAAUAACCUCUCGACCCAGUUCCUAUCGAGCAGUAUCCAGUCGUUGAAAAUGCCUCACAGUUUCGAAGAAUCGCCGAACAGGGCUGCGAUCAACAUCCAGGAGGACGACGAGUAUCAAACGCUGGGAGCGAAACCUUUCACCCCGCGCUAUCCGGUCUACAAGUUCGAAAUCAGCAGCGAGACGGCUCGAAAUCGAACCAGUUGAAAGGAAGAAAGGGGCGAGUCUAAUGGAAUUGUGACGUUUACGACACACUUAUCGACUGAGGAAAAAAGCAAUAAUAUAAAUUGUAGUGCA